UUGUUUUCAUGUUAUCUCCCCGUCUAGGGCUGAGCACCUGACCCUCAAUGUGCGCGAACACGCCCUAGAUAGGUAUAUAAGUCAGCUCUAUAUACUUCUGGGAGAUAUAAAUAGCAGAGUGAGGUCAUUCUUAAAAUAGGAAGAUGAUGUCAUUCUUAAAAUAGAAUUCAAAAUGGCCGCUGCGCAUGACGUCAUAGAUCCAAGAUGGCCGCCGCGCAUGCGCACUCGUGGCGUUAAAGAGACCCCUAUACUACUGAAGACAUUAAAGCAAAUUUUGUCACUACCAGAUAAUGCGGCUGAUCCGUCGGUAUACAUCCUGUCGGGACUGCUUCCAGUACAAGCCGCCCUUCAUCUUAGAAUUUUAAGCCUUUUUAGCAAUUUAUGUAAUCAAAGUCAAGACAGCAUUGAAAAGCAAAUCCUUAUACGGCAACUUACUGUAAAAAUGAUAAAUCAUGUGCUUUGGCUAUUCAGAUUCCGCCAUUCCUUGCACGGUACGAUCUUGAAAAUGUAUUUACAUACAUUAAAAACCCAAUAGAUAAAAACAGUUGGAAGAAAUAUCUGUAUACAAUUGUUGAAGGCAAAUGGAAAAAUCAAAUUGAAGAUCUAGCGCAAAUGUAUCCAUCACUUAAAUACAAGAACUGUACGUAUCAGCCUGGGAAAGUCCAUCCAGUACUACGUGUUCCAUGUGCAUCGACGUUUGAAACAUCCAGGAUGUCUUCUAGAUUGAAACUACUGACAGGAACAUAUUUCCUUCAGACAAACCGAGCUAGAUUUAAUCAAAAUGCGGUGAAUCCUGAAUGUCAACUGUGCAAUGUUGCUGAAGAAACCGUGGAACAUUUUAUCUUUCACUGUCAAGCAUUGCAACAUGUUCGUGGUCCGAUUGUCGAUUCCAUCAUUAACAAUCUACAAGAGAACGGUGUACAAAGUUCUAUAUCACCAAGUGAUCGACUUUUUGAAUUUGAUUAUUGACUAUUCGAGUGUACUCCCCACUUACAUGUAAGGGACAGAGCUUUGUGAUAAAACAGAAUUCGACUUUUGAAGGCUUAUACAAACUACAUAAAACAAGGGAGACCAUCUAUAGAAGUUCUCUUCCGGGUUAACCAGCCGCCAGGGGCAUGCGGUCUAUAUACUCGGUAGACAGGUUUUAAUUUUAUAAACUGUGAAUAGUGCUCAGGUGGUCAGGUGUAUGUAAAUAUUGUGUGGUGAAGGUCGUUUUAAGACUCGCAUUGUAUUAUUGUGUUCAUUCUGGUGGUGGAUUACCUUACCUGGGGUCACCAGGGUUCGCCAUUGUUGGCGGUCAAGAGAAUAAGAAGAAGAAGAAUAGCAUUGGACCAAUGUUGAUAUUCCUCGUUGGACCAACGAAGAGUCUGCAGUUAGCCUAACAUUGGGCCAACGCCUGUCUGCUAUCCGGGGACAGUGUCGUUUAUUACAAAUCGUAGACUUUAAAUGCUGGCAUUUUCUUUUCAGGAGAUCCAGGGGCUUUUUGUCAAUGUUUUAUUAUAGGUCACUUACUUAUUCAGUAGUUGGAAAUAAGAACAGUUUCUGUUACGUGAAAACACUGACAGUCUAGAGUGGUUCAUCAGUUUCCCAAUCACUAUGAUUUGAGAAUAAGAGACAACUUCUUCAAGCAUAUACUCACUCCACCAAAAGCUAAGUUUUUUUUAAAUGAAAUAAAGGUCUUUAUCAAAAUAUAUCCGUAUCCCAGAGAAAAAAAACUAGCGCGUAGUCUAGUCCGGUUCCCGUCGUACUAUGUAUUUUAGUAUCGACAGUGAAGGGGCAGGUAAUCAAGACUACCACGUAGUGCAACCUGCAAAAUAAGAAAAUCCGGAUUCCGGAUACUAAGAAAUAGUAUAGCUGAAGAACAGUAAUCUGGGUCAUUAAACGCACAAAAUCGAGCGUUUUGAUGACUCAAAAGUUGAUGAAAAAAAAUGAAAAUUGGAAAUUAGAAUAUCGUAUACAGUAUGUCGACGAGAAAUUCAAGAGAAGUAAACGGUUUGCUGAGUGUAUCACAACGGAACGGUUACGAUUCUAUUUCAUCUGUGGUGGCAAAUGAUGAGUCGGACGAUGACGCUGGAUCUGUAUACACAGAAUUACUCCAAGGAAGUGUCCCUUGUCCAUCCUGUAAAGGGCUUGGGAAUAUUCCUAAAGAACAAGAGGGGCAGCUUGUGGCAUUGAUACCUAUGAAAGAUAAAAGACUGCGACCAAGAAGAACGUAUAUAUGGGUGUGUUUAGCUGUGGUUGUGUGUUUAACAGCUGCUGGACUCCUGAUGUUCUUUAUGUUUCCGAGAGGGGUUGAAAUGACAAGUACAAAGCCAUACCUUAACCCUGUUGGUCCUGUUUAUAUAAAUGUAUCUGAACAGUAUGUUUAUUUUACUAUACAGAAUCGUUUCAACAUCACAAAUCAUAAUUUCCUGUCAAUAAAGAUUACAAGUGUUUCAAUGAAUAUCCUUUUUGAUACACAAGUGCUCUCAGAAAGUAAGAACGUAUCUAAACUGGAGGUUUCUAUGAGAUCUGACGGAGUGUACUAUGUUGAAGCAAACGUAACUCUAGAUAAAGACAAUCAGAUGGGAUAUAGGGCACAAAGCUGCCUGGAACCUGUAAGAUGGGCCCAUGAAUUGGUCUUGAUGUUUGAGUUUAACUGUAAUUAUGAAGUCCUCGGUCGCACGGAGCAAGCCACACUGCAGACAUUCCAGUUUGUCAGCUGUUACAGCCCAAUAAAACCAUCAACUAUUGGUCCAACAAAGAAACCUACAACAACAACAAAUUCAACAACAACAACGACAACAAGAACAACAACACAGCAGCCACCUUAAGAUAUUUCUUUGACGAAAAAAAUUUCCAAGCUAAAUACUCGUGGAAUUGUUUAAAUGAUUUACAGAUGAUUUGUGUAAAGAUGUAAAUAGCUUGCUAUUUUUUAUAAUCUCAAAUGUCAUGUCACAGAACAUUUUUGUAAGUUUCGCUGAUUUGCUUAAGAUUUUCAUUCAAAUUUUGAUAUGUCAACUUACAGUUGGACAAUAAAUGUACACUGGUCGGGAGCAGAGUUCACACAAAGAUAAACCCUACACUUUGUAAUUAGAGAGCAUCUAAAUUUCAUAAUUUUAAGUCUAGAACACUGUGUCCAUCUUUAAACAGUGCAAGAGAACUGUGUUUAAAUAUAUUGAAAUUUCAGUUUGGAUUUUACAGCUCUCGUGCAGUCAGGCAUUGUGUCAAAGCCUUCUUUGGGGACAUAGGUUGCUUACUGUUACAGUUCUUGUUUUAUCUAGCAUUUAAUUAGCAUUCCUAUUCAGUUUAUUGCAAUAACUUGAUAACUUCUAUCUAAUGUUGAUUUCAGGCAUAUAUCUAUUUUUAGCUACUCACAGUUCACAGUUUUAGUAAAAAUGUUUAAUUUUUAGCUCACCUGAGCACAAAGUGCUCAUGGUGAGCUAUUGUGAACAUGCUGUGUCUGGCGUCCGUCGUGCGUCCAUUCGUCAAGUCGUCCGUCUGUCAUCAACAAUUGUAUUUAAAUGACAUCUCCUUCAAAACCACUGAAUGGAUUUUGAUGAAACUUGGCCUGGAUGUUCCUUGGGUGGUUCUCUACCAAAGUUGUUCAAAUGGUUCCGCUUGGUUGCACAUAGGGGCCACCAGAGCUAUAAAUAGAAAAAUCUUUAAACGACAUCUCCUCCUAAACCACUAGUCCGAUUUUUAAGUAAUUUCACACAAAUGGUCCUUAUGUCACCCUCUACCAAGAUUGUUCAAAUUUUACCGAUACGUCAAAAAACAUGGCCGCCAGGGGGCGUGGUCACUUUUCCCUAUAUGUAUAUAGUGGAAACUUUAAAAAUCUUCUUGUGUGAAACUGCUAGCCCGAUUUUAAAAUAAUUUAACACAAAUGGUCCUUGUGAUUGUUCAAAUUAUUUUGAUUUGUCAAAAAACAUGGCCGCCAGAGGGCGUGGUUACUUUUUCCUAUAUGUAUAUAGUGGAAACUUUAAAAAUUUUCUUGCGCGAAACUGUUUGCCCGAUUUUAAAAUGAUUUUACACAAAUGGUCCUUGUGUGACCCUCUACCAAGAUUAUUCAAAUUAUUUCGAUUCGUCAAAAAAAAUGGCUGCCAGGAGGCGUGAUCACUUUUCCCUAUAUGUAUAUGGUGGAAAUUUAAAAAAUCUUUUCUUGUGAAACUACUGCCUUGAUUUUAAAAUAAUUUUACACAAAUGGUCCUUCUGUGACCCUCUGUUUAUUUUGAUUUGUCAAAAAACAUGGCCGCCAGAGGGCGUGGUUACUUUUUCCUAUAUGUAUAUAGUGGAAACUUUAAAAAUUGUGUGACAUGUAUAUAAUAUAGGCUAACAUAGAAGAAACCUAACACUGUACUUGUACCAUUACAAUAUACAAAUACACUUGAAGCCUUGUACAGGUGAGCGCUUAGGGUCAGUGACCCUCUUGUUUCAUUUACUCAAGUGAUUUAUGUCAGAUAUUUCGUCACCUCAACGCAACAAAGUCGUAUCUCUAUAUAAAUUUAUAAUAAGAUACGACUUUGUUGUGUUGAGGUGACGAUUUGUCAGACAUGAUAAAGUAACAAAAGAAAUGAACACUUGCACAAAAGUUAUGUAUGGAUGUACUCCUGGAGUCAGUUUUUUACCAGGAGUAUGUUUUAAUUAAAAUUAAAACACUUUGUUCUCAACUAAAUUAAAAUCUUGGUGUUUGAUAAAAUGAUCAUGUUGAUACAUGGUUUCUUGAGAAAACAAUUCAGUUACAAUUGUUAUAUUUUUAUGUGCCCCAACAGGGAUGCAUAUAGUAUUUAGACUGUCUGUCUCUCUGUUUCCAGUUGAUAACUGAAGAACUCUUAGGCUUACAGAUGUCAAAAUUCAUAGGAUGAUUGCCUGUGGUCAUUAGAGUACCUUUAUUUUUGGGGGGUCAUUAGGCCAAAGGUCAAGGUCACAGUGACCUUGAGACAGGUUGCUUACUUAAGAAUGCUAUGUCCUAUAGGCAUAGGACUUCAUAUGAUGGUUGCCUGUAGUGAGUAGAUGACCCUUAAUGUUUUUGGGGUCAAUAGGUCAAAGGUCAAGGUCACAGAAACCUUGAGACUGAAAACGGUUUCAGCUGGAAAACUGAAGAACACUUUGACCUACAGGUGUCAAACUUUAUAAUAUGAUUGCCUGUAUUCAGUAAAAGACCCCUAGUAGAUCAAAGGUCAAGGUCACCUUGAUACUGAAAACGAUGACUGAAGAACACUGCAGCACACCAAUCUCCUACUUUACUUUUUAUUGUUAAAAAUUAUUGGCAAGGUCAUGGUGACCUUGACCUUGAAAAUGAUUUCCAUCUAUAACUGAAGAACACUAUUAUUUGUGUCAGUCUGUCUGUGUGUCAACCAUUGGCUUCCCAUUGAUAACUGAAGAACGCUUUGGCUUACAGGCAUCACACUUCUUGGGAUGAUUGCUUGUGGUCUGAAUAUAGCCACUAUUGCUUUUGUGGUCAGUAGGUCAAAGGUCAUAGUGAACUUGGGAGGCCAUCAUUGGGGCAUGUGUGUUUUAUAAAAACAUCAUGUUUACUCUUAUUAUUUCAUUGUUCACAAAGUUAAUUUGAAAAAGGUUUAAAUGUAAAUAAGUAAUUACUGAAGCCGCAAAAUAAAAAUUGCAAUUUAUAUUCUAGCAUAAAACUGCUGGUAUUGUAGUUUUAGACAACGUUUAAACAGGAGAGUAAACAUGGAUUAACAGAUAUAUUUUUGGCACACAAGCUGUUUAAGACAUCUGUUUACAUAAUAUGAUUAUUCUGUGGCAAAUUGUAAAAUGUAUUAUGGCCAUACAUGAUACAAAACAAAACUCAAAAGAAAAUCACAUAAUUGUGAUCAGACAAUGCUGACAUUCCUGUGUUUAAUGAGGUUGAUGAACAAUAUAUUCAUUUUUAACAGCUUUUUAUAUGUUUUAUGCUGGGGAAGCCUCAUCACUAGCAUGUCUCAUCUUGUAACAUCUGCAAAAUUCCUUUGGAUACUUUGUUGGCCAGUCCUUCAGAACUCUUCAGUUGUAACAACAUAAAAAACAACAUGUGUUAUCCCUGCAAAAGAAAAUAGGUGAAAAUUUUUGUUUUUACAACAUGUUCAGAAGUCGCAUUAAUUAGGUUUUGAAGAUAAUGUUUAAUUUGAUGUUUGUUUAUAAUUUGUAUGGUGUGUUUGUUGAACAGGCUUGUUAUGUAAAUAUAAUUUAUAUGUAAAAACUAGAAAUAAUUUUUUAUACCCAAAAAAUUCAAUAUUUUUAGGAUGUAUAUUCUUUAUUGCUAUACAUUUGUAUAUUUAUUUUCUACUUGGAAGAGUCUGCCAUCAGUAAUACCUCAUUUUUUACACUGUAAAUGUCUGUACUGUAUAUCUUCGAAUAACUGUUGCUUCUCUAAACCACUCCAGUAUGGGACAUGGUAUUUUAGAUUGAAACACGUUUUAUAAGAGACUGAAGUUUAGUUUAGUUUCAUUAAUGUUUUUGUGUGAAAAUUGCCCUUUAUUUGGUUCAGAUUAUACCUUUGUGUUCAAUUAUGGCUAGCUAUCGUUUCAGUGUGUCUAAAUUCAUUGAGAUGGUAAUUUUGUAAUUUUGCAGUGUUAGGUAGAAAUUCAAUAAUUUAUGAAUGGAAUGCUAUUUGCUUUUUUUUUCUUUUCUUUUUUUUAAAUGGGUAUAAAUCACAUAGGGUCUUCUGUCAAAGCCACAAAAGAGCUUAUUUGUGAUUCUUGGAUCAUUUUUGCUAAAAUUUUAAAGUUAUAUUUAUUUUAAGAUUUUAUCAUUUAUGAAAUGUCUCUGUUUCAGUCACUCCAGUCCGUCCCAGAAUAUGUAAAUAAUGAUUUACAUAUGUAUUUUGAAGUGUAGAUGUAAUAUAUAUAAAUUAAAAAAAUUACCUGAAAUGUUGAAUUGUAUUUCUAAAAUUGCACUCUUUGGUCCUUAAUUUUUGUCGAAAAACCUCCAGCUCAAUCUGAAAAAGAACUAACUUCCAGUUUUGGGAUUCUGAACUUCAGUUUUAUAAAAUUAGAAGAUGUGCACUUUGAAAUCUGCAAAUCUUAGUGUAAUUUUUAUACGUGUUCGUAGUUGGAUUAGAACUAAAGCUUUUGAUACAGUACAUUUAAUUAGCAAUCAGUGUGUCUUUUGUAUACAAGUAGCCAAAUCAUAUUUAUCUCAGAUUUUGUAUAUUCAUCUCACCUAUUUGAUCUGUGCGUGGACAUUGGUGUCUGCAUCUGAGUCCUGAUUUGGUUGAGUUUUAGUGUAUUAUAGUUGGAUUAUGAAGUAACAUACAGCAGAAACAUGUUUUAACCUUUAGCCUGCUAAAUUUCUAAAAUGAACUGGUCCAUCAUUCAAUUUUGGCAAUACCAUCUAUCAAUCAAAGGGGUGUUCAUUGAAAAUUUACUGACUGAAUAGCAAACAAUGCAGACCAUGAUCAGCCAGCAUGGAUAUGCACUGGUUGCAAAGGCAAAGCUAAAGGUUAAUUUAAAAAUUAAACAAAGACGUCAUACAUCCUUUGGAACAAGUUCAUGAGGGUGUAGUCCAGGUGAAUUAUUCCUAGUUACAUAGAACUGAUUUUGAACAUUUCAGUUAAUUCACAUGCUUCUGCUAUAAAUUAUUUUGGUUCUACUGUCCCUUAAAAUGUUAAAUGAUAAGUAAAAUAUAGUAACACUUUAUCUUGAUCCCUGUAAAUAAAAUAAUUUCUUUUAUACUUUGAUUGUUAAGCUUAACAUAAUUUGUCAUAAGAUUAAUUAUCCCCCGCCGAUGAAAUUGGGAGGGGGGUAUUGAAAUGGCGUUGUCCGUCCGUCAGUCUGUCCGUCCAUCUAUCCGCAGCCAUUUCUCAGUAACUAGCAGGUAGAAUUUCAUGAAACUUGAAAUAAACAUGAGCCAACAUACUGCGAUGAUGCCCGUCAAGUGUUUUUUUGGAUUGGGCAAUUUCCCUUGGAGUCGUUGCCCUUAAUUUACUGAAAAAUGCCCAAAAAUGUCCGUCCGCAGCCAUUUCUCAGUAACUAGCGGGUAGAAUUUCAUGAAAUUUGAAAUAAAGAUGAACCAACAUACUGGGAUGAUGCCCGUCAAGUUGUUUUUUUUUUUUUAUUGAUCAAUUUCCCUUAGAGUUAUUGCCCUUGAUUUAAUGAAAAAUGCCCAGAAAUGUCUGUCUGCAGCCAUUUCUCAGUAACUAUCAGGUAGAAUUUCAUAAAACUUGAAAUAAACAUGAACCAACAUACUGCGAUGAUGCCCGUCAAUUUUUUUUUUUUGGAUUCAGUUUCCCUUAGAGUUUAUUGCCCUUUAAUUGUUUAAAAAUCCACAGAUUUGUACAUAACAAACCAACCAAUUAGUAGAAUUUCAUUAAACUUCUUUCAUUCUUUUCCAUGAACAUUUUUUAUAAACAUGUGAAGUUGUGUACCCACACCUGGUCACCACCUUGCCUUGGUCACACCCCCUCCCCCUCCCCCCCCCCCCCCCCCCCCUCCAAAAAAAAAAUCAUUCUUUUUAUUUAUUUUUUUUCAAACCUUCCAUGAAUAUUUUAUUAACAUGCAAAGUUGUACCUUUUCCCCACCUCACUCUCCACUCAGUCAUGCCCACUACCCCGAUCAUGCAUGCCCCCUCCCCCACCCCAAUAUUUUUAGCUCACCUGAGCAAUGCUCAGGUGAGUUUUUCUGAUCGUUUGAUGUCCAGCGUCUGUCGUCUGUCAACAUUUAGCUUUUGUAUGCAAUAGAGGCUGUAUUUUUCAAUUAAUCUUCAUGAAUAUUUGUCAGAAUGAUAACCUUGAUGAAAUCUAGGCCGAGUUUGAAAAUGGGUCAUCUCGGGUCAAAAACUAUGUCACUAGGUCAAAUCAAAGUAAAACCUUGUGUAUGCGAUAGAGGCUGUAUUUUUCAAUUAAUUUUCAUGAAUAUUGGUCAGAAUGAUAAUCUUGAUGAAAUCUAGGCCGAAUUUGAAAAUGGGUCAUCUCGAGUCAAAAACUAGGUCACUAGGUCAAAUCAAAGAAAAACCUUGUGUAUGUGAUAGAGGCUGUAUUUUUUAAAUUGAUCUUCAUGAGGUUUGGUCAGAAUGAUUGCCUUGAUGAAAUCCAGGCCGAGUUUGAAAAUGGAUCAUCUCGGGUCAAAAACUAGGUCACUAGGUCAAAUCAAAGAAAAACCUUGUGUAUGCGAUAGAGGCGGUAUUUUGCUAUUAAUCUUCAUGAAUAUUGGUCAGAAUGAUUACCUUGAUGAAAUCUAGGCCAAGUUCGAAAAUGGGUUAUCUCGGGUCAAAAACUAGGUCACUAGGUCAAAUCAAAGAAAAACCUUGUGUAUGCGAUAGAGGCUGUAUUUUUCAAUUAUUCUUCAUGAAUUUUGGUCAGAAUGAUAACCUUGAUAAAAUCUAGGCCGAGUUCGAAAAUGGGUCAUCUCGGGUCAAGAACUAGGUCACUAGGUCAAAUCAAAGAAAAACCUUGUGUAUGCGGUAGAGGAUGUAUUUUUCAAUUGAUCUUCGUGAAUAUUGGUCAGAAUGAUUGCCUUGAUGAAAUCUAGGCCGAGUUUGAAAAUGGGUCAUCUCGGAUCAAAAACUAGGUCACUAAGUCAAAUCAAAGAAAAACCUUGUGUAUGCGAUAGAGGCUGUAUUUUUCAAUUAUUCUUCAUGAAUGUUGGUCAGAAUGAUAACCUUGUAAAAUCUAGGCCGAGUUCGACAGUGGGUUAUCUCGGGUCAAAAACUAGGUCACUAUGUCAAAUCAAAGAAAAACCUUGUGUAUGCUAUAGAGGAUGUAUUUUUCAAUUGAUCUUCAUGAAUAUUGGUCAGAAUGAUUGCCUUGAUGAAAUCUAGGCAGAGUUAGAAAAUGGGUCAUCUCGGGUCAAAAACUAGGUCACUAGGUCAAAUCAAAGAAAAACCUUGUGUAUGUGAUAGAGGCGGUUUUUUUCAAUUGAUCUUCAUGAAUUUUGGUCAGAAUGAUUGCCUUGAUAAAAUCUAGGUCGAGUUUGAACAUGGGUCAUCUAGGGUCAAAAACUAGGUCAUAUCUAAGAAAAUGCUUGUUUUAUCGCAAGACACCAAUUUUUUGGUCCAAUCUUAAUGAAAAUUGGUCAUAAUAUUUGUUUCCAUGAAAUCACUAGGUCAAACAUGUGUUACACUGUUAUGGUGUGUUUCUUGGGUGAGCGAUCUAGGGCCAUCUUGGCCCUCUUGUUUAUUUUUCCAUCAAUAUUUAUAAUCAACAUGUGAAGUUUUGUACCCUCACCCGGUCACCCCCAUUGCCCCCCACACACACCAAGAAAAAGCAUUCAUUUUCUGUUAAAAUGAUUUUGAUUCAUGAAAUUAUUUGCUUCUUAGUAACAUCCUUAACUUUUUGCCGGGUAUAUUUUUUUGCCAUUCCUCACCACAAACCCUUUUCGGCGGAGGAUACCAAUUCAUUAAAUUUGCUUGUUUGUGUAGAAAUGUUUUCCCCAGUCUAUAAAGGCAUGUCACAGAAAAUGAUUCAAUAACAUGACUCAUUUUUAGCUCAACUUUUCGAAGAAAAAGUAGAGGUAUUGCACUCGCCCCGGUGUUGGAGUCGGCAUUGGCAUCGCCAUUGGUUAAAGUUUUUGAUAAAGUCAAAUAUCUCUGUUACUAUCAAAGCUAUUGACUUGAAACUUAACAUAGUUAUUAACUAUCAAAGUCUGCACCAGGAGAAACAAUCCCCAUAACUCUGAUUUGAAUUUUGACAGAAUUAUGCCCCUUUUUAUAAGCUCAUGUGAGUUUUUGUGAUCGCUUGAUGUCCAGCGUCUGGCAUCUGUCUGUUGUCUGUCAACAUUUAGCUUGUGUAUGCGAUAGAGGCUGUAUUUUUCAACUGAUCCUCAUGGAAUUUGGUCAGAAUGAUUGCCUUGAUGAAGUCUAGGCCAAGUUCGAAAAUGGGUCAUCUGGGGUCAAAAACUAGGUCACUAGGUCAGAUCAAAGAAAAACCUUGUGUAUGCAAUAAAGGCUGUAUUUUUAUGCCCCCGAAGGGAGGCAUAUAGUUUUUGAACCGUCUGUCGGUCUGUCCGCAAUUUUCGUGUCCGGUCCAUAUCUUUGUCAUCGAUGGAUGGAUUUUCAAAUAACUUGGCAUGAAUGUGUACCACAGUAAGACGACGUGUCGCGCGCAAGACCCAGGUCCGUAGCUCAAAGGUCAAGGUCACACUAAGACAUUAAAGGAUAGUGCAUUGAUGGGCGUGUCCGGUCCAUAUCUUUGUCAUCGAUGGAUGGAUUUUCAAAUAACUUGGCAUGAAUGUGUACCACAGUAAGACGACGUGUCGCGCGCAAGACCCAGGUCCGUAGCUCAAAGGUCAAGGUCACACUUAGACAUUAAAGGAUAGUGCAUUGAUGGGUGUGUCCGGUCCAUAUCUUUGUCAUCGAUGGAUGGAUUUUCAAAUAACUUGGCAUGAAUGUGUACCACAGUAAGACGACGUGUCGCGCGCAAGACCCAGUUCCGUAGCUCAAAGGUCAAGGUCACACUUAGACAUUAAAGGAUAGUGCAUUGAUGGGCGUGUCCGGUCCAUAUCUUUGUCAACCAUGGAUGGAUUUUCAAAUAACUUGGCAUGAAUGUGUACCACAGUAAGACGACGUGUCGCGCGCAAGACCCAGGUCCGUAGCUCAAAGGUCAAGGUCACACUUAGACGUUAAAGGUCAUUUUUCAUGAUAGUGCAUUGAUGGGCGUGUCCGGUCCAUAUCUUUGUCAUUCAUGCAUGGAUUUUAAAAUAACUACGCAUGAAUGUGUGGCACAGUAAGACGACGUGUCGCGCGCAAGACCCAGCUCCGUAGGUCAAAGGUCCUAAACUCUAACAUCGGCCAUAACUACUCAUUCAAAGUGCCAUCGGGGGCAUAUGUCAUCCUAUGGAGAUAGCUCUUGUUCAAUAUGUCUUCAUGAAUUUUGGUCGGAAUGAUUGCCUUGAUGAAAUCUAGGUCAGAUUUGAACAUGGGUCAUCUGGAUUCAAAAACUAGGUCACUAGGUCAAAUCAAAGAAAAAUCUUGUAUUUGCAAUAGGGGCUGCAUUUUACACUGGAUCUUCAUCAAAUUUUGAUCAGAGUGUAUGUCUGGAUGAAGUCUAGGAAGAGUUUGAAUAUGGCUCAUUUAGGUUCAAAAACUAGGUCACCCGGUCAAAUUAAAGAAAAUUUUUCAAUUGAUCGUCAUGAAAUUUGGUCAGAAUGAUUGCCUUGAUGAAGUCUAGGCCAAGUUCGAAAAUGGGUCAUUUGGGGUCAAAAACUAGGUCACUAGGUCAGAUCAAAGAAAAACCUUGUGUAUGCAAUAAAGGCUGUAUUUUUCAAUAUGUCUUCAUGAAUUUUGGUCGGAAUGAUUGCCUUGAUGAAAUCGAGGUCGAGUUUGAAUAUGGGUCUUCUGAGGUCAAGAACUAGGUCACUAGGUCAGAUUAUAGAAAAAAUCUUGUCUCUGUGUAUGUGAUAGAGACUGUAUUUUUCAACUGAUUUUCAUGAAAUUUGGUCAGAAUGAUUGCCUUGAUUAAAUCUAGGUAGAAUUUGAAUAUUGAUCAUCUGGGGUCAAAAAGUAGGUCACUAGGUCAAAUCAAAGAAAAACCUUGUGUAUGCGAUAGAGGCUGUAUCUUUCAAUUGGUCUUCAUGAAAUUUGGUCAGAAUGAUUGCCUUGAUGAAAUCUAGGUCAAGUUUGAAUAUGGGUCAUCUAUGAUCAAAAAGUAGGUCACUAGGUCAAAUCAAAGAAAAACCUUGUGUAUGCGAUAGAGGCUGUAUUUUUCAAUAGAUCUUCAUGAAAUUUUGUCAGAAUGAUUGCCUUGAUAAAAUCUAGGCCAGGUUUGAAUAUGGGUCAUCUGGGGUCAACAACUAGGUCACUAGGUCAUAUUUAAGAAAAUACUUCUUUAAACUCAAGAGACCACAUUAUUUUUCUUAAUGAAAAUUGACCAAAAUAUUUAUUUUCAUGAAACCACUAGGUUAAACAUGUUUACAGUUAUAGUGUGUUUCUCAGGUAAGCGACCUAGGGCCAACUUGGCCCUCUUGUUAACUUAGAAUGUUUAGUUAAAUUUUUUGAUAAAGUCAGAUAUCUCAGUUACUACCAUAGCUUUUGACUUGAAACUUAAAAUACUUACUUACCAUCAAAGUCUACACCAGGAGAAACAAUCCCCAUAACUCUGUUUUGACAGAAUUAUGCCACUUUUUAACUUAGAAUUUUUUGUUAAAAUUUUUGAUAAAGUCAAAUAUCUCUGUUACUAUUAAAGCUUUUGACUUGAAACUCAAAAUAGUUAUUUACUAUCAAAGUCUACACCAGGAGACACAAUUCCCAUAACUCUGAUUGAAUUUUGACAGAGUUAUGUCCCUUUUUAACUUGGAAUUUUUUUACUGGCAAAGCUCUAAUUCAGAGUCAAGCACUGAAAAAAGUCGAGCGCACUGUCUUACGGACAGCUCUUCAUAGUUUCCUUGAAAUUCUACAUUUUUGCCUACCAUAUAUAAAUAAUGGCAAGUCAUUAAACUAUUAAAACAGAAAUUAAGCAGUGAAUUAUAAUGAUCUAUAAAUAAGCAUUUGAGAAAUCAUCUUGAAAUAUUUACUGAUUGUCACAUGCUUUCAGUAAAAGUCUGGGGAACUCACUUCUCAGUGAUUUUAUGCUUAAAAUAUUGUAGUUAAUGUUUUAGGUGCUGUUAAAAUACUGUGAUAAUUCAAAAUGCAAUUUUUAGCUCACCUGAGCCAAAGGCUCAUGGUGAGCUUUUGUGACCGCUCAAUGUCAGUCGUGCAUCGGCAGUCAUGCGUUGUCAACAAAAUCUUCUUGAAAACCACUGGGCAGAAUUACAUCAAACUUUCAAAAUUGUUCAAAGAAUUAAAUUCCAUGCAGAAGUCUGGUUGCCGUGGCAACCGAAAGGAAAAACUUUUUCUUCUUGUCCAAAACAGCAAGGCGUAGAGCCUCGAUAUUUGGCAUGUGACAUCAUCUGACGGUCCUGUAUGAAGAUUGUUCAAAUUAUAACACUGGGAUGAAAAGAGGCCCUGCCCUGGGGGUCUCAAAUUUUACAUAGACCUAUAUAGAAAAAAAAACUUUAAAAAUCUUCUUGUCUGAAAUUGCAAGGCCUAGGCUUUUGAUAUUUGUUAUGUUGCAUUGCCUAGUGGUCCUCUAUCAAAAUUAUUCAAAUUAUGUCCCUGGGGUGAAAAGAGGCCCUGUCCUGGGGGUCCCAAGUUUUACAUAGAUUUAUAUAGGAAAAAACUAUAAAAAUGUUCUUGUCUGAAAGUUCAAGGCCUAGGCCUUUGAUAUUUGGUAUGUAUUAUUGCCUAGUGGUCCUCUGCCAAAAUUGUUCAAAUUAUGCACCUGGGGUAAAAAGAGGCCCCGCCCAGGGGGUCACUUUUUAUAUGCGUUAUAUAGGAAUAAAUAGUUAAAAAAUUAUCAGAUCAUAUUUCCUAGACUGUUUACUCAUAAUUACCUGAUGACCCCAAGCAAUUAGGGGUCACUUGACUGUGACCUUUACCUACUGACCUACUUUCUUGUAUUUUAAGAUGCAGCCGUGAAAUUUGGAUGACAUGUACAGUUUUGCGCACCGAACUUAAAACUGACUGUCAGUGACCAUGAAUAUGACCUACUGACCUACUUUCUAAUAUUUUAACAUCAGUUUGCCAUUUUAAACAUGUGGCUCAUAUUACUCAGGUGAGCGAUUCAGGUCAUCAUGACCCUCUUGUUUGAAGAAGUCUGCAGGGAUUCCGAUUUGAAUGUUAAUCCAGAUAUAGCCUUGCUUGCUAAGAUUGUACAGUUAUUUCAUACAGACCUUUAGAAAGUAUGAAAUGUUUCUCAUUUUGAUUUUCACCUGUUCGUAAUUUUUCCCUCAACUGGUAGGGUUAUACAUUUAUUAGUCCCCUACUGGUGGAAUGUCGGCGGGGACUAUAGGAAUACCCUCCAUCCAUCUGUCUGUUCAUCUGUCCAUAAAGUUGGAUCCUGCAAUUACUCAAAAAGUGUUCAAGCUAGGUUCAUAAAACUUGUUAUGUGAAUAGAGGGCAAUAUUUAGGUUAUGUAUGUACAUGACAUAUGCUUGUAGGUUAAAGGUCAAGGUCACUAUUGAAGGUCAAGUAAAAAUUUGUUUCUGCUCCAUUACUACAUAGAAAUGUUCCCAAUGAUUAGACUAUGUGUCGUGCAUUGAUGGAGCAUAAAGAAAAUUUAAUACUUUAAAAUCUUAAGUCUAAAUUUUAGGCUGAAACUUUGAUGAAUAUGGGCCUGGUUCAUAUACUCUCAAUAGAAAAAAACCAGUUAUAUUGUACUUCGAAAGUAUUUUUUUUAAAGUGACAUGGCUCCAAAUGUUCAAAACAUACAGAAAUUGUAUCUGAAAUGUCAAAGAUAACAUAUCAGUAAUACUGAAGCAGUUUGAUGUUGGUGUGUUACCAUUCUGAUACAAAGUAUACCAGUAGUGGAGUUUCUACUGUUUCUAUUUAUGUAAUUCUUUUUGCGAGGUUUUCUUCAUAUUUUGUUGAUUUCAUAAGCGCUUUAAAAAUCAUAUACUGAGUAGAUCCGACAGAGUCAUAAUUUUACUUUUUAUUUACAAUUACUAAUUACCCUGCUAAAUUUCUAAAAUGGACUGGUCCAUAAUUCAAUUUGGACAGUUCCACUUUUUAUUCCAAGCAGUGUUCACUGAAAAUUUACUGACUGAGUAGCAAACAGUGCAGACCGUGAUUAGCCUUCACGGAUGUGCAGGCUGAUCUUGGUCUGCACUUUCCGCAAAGAAAAAACCACUUGCUGCCAGUUUAAAGGAAAUACUUCCUGAUUUUUGAGAAACUUUACAAACUUGAUCUGUUUAUAUAAUUACAAGGAAUUUGACAAGAUGGUAUAUACAGUCCAAUCUGUAUGUAAAGAUUCCUUGGGGAAUCCAGGUGGUCUUAAUGUGCUGGUACAUGUUGUUUCUUUUAAAAUAAACUGAAAAUGUUCAAUUUUAAAAUAGUGGUCUUCAGAGCCAGGGAUCUUUGUUCAUAACUGGUUUGAGUGUAUAUACAGAUUUAGUAAAUAUGCUCUGGCUUGGCAGCUUUACAAUGAGAGUUAAAUAUCUCGUAAAAAUUAACUCACCUAUGCCACAACUGUGUUAGUUGCUUUGAUAUAAAUUGCAAAAUUAUUUAUUUUAUUUACACUGAUAUAUUACUAAUUGUUAAAUAAAAUAAUAAACAGAU